AUGACAAGAAAAACGACCUCCAAGCUCAAGAUUCUUAUGAUCCAUGGUUAUACUGAGAGUGGAGAGUUUUUCCGCGAAGAAGUACUUGACCUGGAGAAGGCCCUUAUCGAAGCCUUUCCAGCAGCGCCUGCCCCUGGAUUUCAUCCGGAUUACCCGGAUGGUGUAGAGCUUGUGUACCCUGAUGGCACCUUGAGACUUAAGCCCACCGACUGGGAACACUAUAUACCGGGAACCGACCCAGGUUAUGGAUGGUUCUACAAGGUCAGCGAUGACGAUGAAUUUCCAGGCUUGCCCGAUGCACUGGAAAAGCUUGGUAAUAUCAUGCGCACUCAGGGUCCCUUUGCCGGGGUGAUUGGAUUUUCCCAAGGAGGGUUUUUGACUGGGCUCAUCACGAGCCUGCUUGAACCAGGCAGGAAGAGUGUCUUCGAAAAAGCCGAAGUCGAGAGUGGAGGUAUUCCGUUCCCUAAGUCAUUUGAUGGAGUCGAGCCUAUCAAGUUCUCGAUCAGCUGCUGUGGUUUCGCUGGAUUGAACCUUCGAUACAAAGCCUUCUAUUCCCCCAAAAUUUCAGGGCCAAUGCUUCAUAUGAAUGGGCAGUUUGAUGAUGUUGUGUACUACAAAAGAAGCCGCACUCUGAUUGAUGCGACCACAGGUGCUGAGAAAGAGAAAGUGCUCAUUCACCCGGGUGGUCAUUCUGUGCCGACCAGCAAAUUGUAUACGGAUGCGAUGAUCAUGUUCAUCAAAGGGAAACUCGCAGCCUAA